ACGAAUAUUCAUGUCCCCAAAACUAAUAUUCAUGUCCCCAAAACUCGCUGCAGACUAUUCGUGAACGUGGAUCUUCUCGGCGACUCCGGAGACCAUUGCAUGAUACGAAGCCGAUGACUUCCAGAAAGUCUUGGCAAUUCCUUCUCGGCGACUCCGAGCUGUCACCUCGUUUCAGGCUGCACACGAGGCUUGUUUUGCCGAGUGGGGUGAGGCUUGCUUUUAAAUAUCGUUGGAUUGCCCCCGCUGCCUUGAUUGAGGCUGGCAUAUCUUCUGACAGAAACCACUGUCAUUCCUUGCCCACAGCAACAGCUUUGUAUCCUUUGCUGAGAAUUACCAUGAGUAGACCUCCCUUACCGCCCCGACCAAACAAUUCGCAAUCAGAUCGACCACCUCCACUGCCGGCUCGGAAGCCAUCACAACCUUUUGGUCAGAGUACUUCCAAUGCAUUUCACCGAUCGGAUGCCAUGGAAUAUCUCGGCCAAAAAUUUGAAGGCCUGUUCACAAACGACGAUACCGUAAGAAACGACAGAAGGUCGAACCAGAACUCAGGAACACGCAAGGCCGACUCUGCAGUAGAAUAUCCUUCUCACCUGAGACCCUCACCCACAGGUAACUUCUUUGUCACAUCGUCACCGCCUUCGUGCUUGCCCAGAGAUCAAAGAAGAGGCUACUUCAUCGGGAGAGGGUGUCCGAACGAUUCGAACUUGCCUCAUGAUGCAUUCUGGUUCAGACACAUCGACGUGCCGAACUUUUCCGUCUGUAGCAGAUGCUUUGAGUACCACAUUCGUGGCACUAAUUUCGAGCUGGACUUUACUGGCAAGCUGGAACCUGGUCAAACGGAUGCUGCUCGGUGUAUGUUUGGCCACCUACACAUGACUGAUCGACUUUGGCCUCAAGCUCUGGGCACAAAUGAUCUCCAGUAUGUCAAGAUGUACAUGGAAGCCAUGGUAAGGGUACCCAAUUGUCGUGGUGUGGCUGGUAUCGCAGGAUCAGAUUCAGCAGCUGGCAGAAUGAAGUGGUACCAGGCAAGACAUGAUGCUAUUCCUGGAAUGAUCGCAUGCGAAGCUUGCUACAGUGCAAACAUCGUCGGCUCAAAUUUCGACAGUCGCUUCGUGCUUUCAGGGACUGAACAACCACAAGAUAUCACCUGGGCAUGCGAUAUUCCUAUCCCAUACAUCAACAGAGCAUUAUCCGAGUAUGAGAAGUCUAAUGACUGGCUGAAGUUUGUCGCUGCAGCGAAUACGCGUUUGAGUAAGCCACCGUGCAAUGGAAUGGCGGUGGUAAACUCGAGCAGCCGUAAUUGGUACGGCACUUCGGCUCGUUUGUACGACCUUGAUGUGUGUGAGACAUGCUAUAUGGAUCAGGUCUGUUUCACGACUUUCGAGUCUGACUUCGGACCAAAGUCUUUCAACAAGGAUCUAUUCUGCGACCUUGCUAUACCUCCUUUGAAGGUGGCAUACGGAGCUGCGCUGGGAUAUGAGAAGAAUAGCAUUUUCUGGGACACCUGCAGAGUACAGUCGCAGACUCCACUUUGCAAGAGCUCGGGCAUGACUGGCGUGCAGUGGUACACGAUCAAAGGAGGCUGCGACAAUUUUGACAUCUGCCCCACCUGCUACACGGGCUGGAUCUGCGCCUUCCGCAUGGAAUCUUUCUUCGAACCGCAGAAGCCAGUGCCUGCUGGUACUACCAAGGGAUGUGACUUUUCGCUCGAGUCUCAAAAGAUCGGACCCCUGAUCAUCCGAUAUCUUAUUGCAACGGAUAUGCCUGACAGAGAACAGCUUUUCUCCCACAUCCGUCGCACAUCUUCACUUUCGCUGUGUACAGGUAUCAAACAGCAGAUGGCUCGAUUCUGGCGUGUUGGUCUGAGAGGCGACCCCAUGAGCGUGUGUCCGUCAUGUUAUGAGGAUGUACUGCGCGAUAAACCUCUCUCGCAUAUUUUCCAGCAACAAAUCACUCCAGGCAAGCAUCUUUGCGACCUCUACUCCGCCAACAUGCGAGGACGCUGGCGACAAGUAUGGCAAGCUAGUGUCGCUCAGGGUAUAAAAGAUAGCCAAGGCAACUACGCCCCUGAUGAAACUGCCCUCGCACAAUUCAUAGACUACCGCAACCAUCGCACCCAAGUGUUCCUCCAAACCAUUCCUGAGAUGAACAGGCUGGAAGCUGCAGCUCAGAAUCGAUUGUUCCAGCAACAGCGAUUGAAUCGGAAUAGCAACUUCUACAAUCACCUCAACAUGACUGCGAGUGUCGCAAACGGAAUACAUUACGGGCCUGUUCCUGCUUACACGACCACAUAUGGUAACUCGAGUGUUGGUUACGGGUAUGCUACUCCGUGGGGGGUGGAGGGAGCCGCGUAUGGGCAGCAGGCGAAUGCUAUUGCAAGUCAGGGACAUGGAGAUUUUGCGAGGAUCGCAUACCUUGAAGCACUUUGGAAGGAGGUUGAAUAG